CUAUCUACAAGCACUGGGAUCUAGAGGCCUCAGCAUAGCCCCGAAACAAGAUAUAAAUACCUGGCAAAGCCCAUCUACUUCCAACGGCCAGCAACCCUCAAUCAGAUCAACCUUUCCUCUCCAACUCGCUCCAACUACCACCAAACCAUCCAAAAUGCACGCCUUCACAUCCCUUACAACCCUCCUCCUAACCCUCUCCCCGGCCCUCAUCUCCGCCGCCGCUCUCCCAGGCCCUCUCGCAAAACGAGACCACUGCGACACGCUCACCACCUUCUCCGAAUCCGACACCCGCGCCCUCCAGGAGUCUCUCCAGAGCUCCAGCGCGGACCUCACUUUCAUUGGCGCGCACAGCUACCACAGCUGGGACCACGGCAGCGCACGCAUCUGCGUCUGGAACGACUAUAUCUUUGAGAACACACAUGUCUCGCAGUGGGAGGCGGGCUGGGCUGUGGGCUAUGUGUUUGAUAUGUGUUGCUCUGGCCAAGGGGGCAAUUGGUAGGUUAUCCCGAUUGCUCAUGGAGUUGAUCUGAGGUGCGAGGAAGUAGGCUGACUUGCAUGGUUCUGCU